GGGUGGGCGCUGGGACCCGCGAGGCAGCCUCGGGCUCCCGUCACUCCUCGCACUGCGUUUUGCUGGCGCCCCGCCUCCGGGGCUCGAAGCGAAGGAAAGGGGCCAGGCCGAGUCUGAGCCCGCCCCCUCCCCCGCCCCCGAUUGGCUGCUGCAGUUGUCCAUCCAGAAUCUAUUUUUGAUGGGAGGGGUGCCACCCAGUCUGCCCCAGAUCACGUUUGCCCCUAGCAGCCAACCAGUCGGGCCCAAGUGCCCGGGCAAGAAGCGAUUGGGGGCGAGUGAGCUCGGCCCCACGGUCCCCCGUCCGGGUCCCCCAGCCCCCGCUCGGGAGCGAGGCGGUAUAUCCUGCCCUCCCUGACCACCUCCCCUUCGUGGAAGCGGAGCGGCGGCCUCGCAGUAACGCAGAGGCGAAAUGUAGCGAGCCGGGUGUCGCGGCUGGACGCUCGCCUUGGCUGGGGGUGUAGGGGGCACGCCGGAGGCCGAGGAGGACUGCCGAGGAGGAGUGAUGAGAAGAGGGGGAUACCUGCACCCCCCAAGACCACGGGUCCCUGCUGCCACACGCCAGGCGCCCCCCUUCCUCCCCAGCGAGGGGCAGGUGUUCCAUACAGAUUCUUGUGACUUUAAGGACCAGGGAUUUGGGAAGGUGCAAGGUCUUUCCAGGAAGGAAGGGCAUCUCUGGAAAAAAGGAGAGAGACAGCAGACAGUGCCCUGGGACCAGCAGAGCCCGAGGAGCUGUGGGAAGCUGAAGGAGCCCAACCAGAGGCGGGGGAAGGAGCCACAGCCCCAGGCCAAGGCUGCCUUCUGAAAGAUCUGAACUCAAGCUACUUUAAUGAAAGAAGGGCCACCUCAGAGGGCACCCCAGACUUAGCUGGGCUCUUCUACUCUGGAUGCCCCUUGCUCUGAGAAGCCUGCACUGAGAACCAAAGAAGUUAAGAGGCCAGAGAAGCUUCCCCCAAGCACAGUGCUGGCCAGCUGGGUCAGGCAUCUGCACCCCUAGUGGCCAGCUGCAGAGUCUGGUGAGGAGUUUCUUGUUCCCCUCCAGCUCGUGGCUUCAGUGCUUGAUGGGGCUGCCUGUUGGUGGAUCAGUUUUUGCAGCGCCUGAUAGGAGCGGAGAGCCGUGGGAAGAGGUCCCGCGGCGACCAAGCCUGGGUUCGCCCCAAGACUAAGUUCUUUCCCGAGUUAGAAAGGGAGAGAAAGCAAAAAAAGAGAGAAGAGUUCCCCCUUCUCCUCCUCCCUUCCCGUCAUGUCCUCUAAGGCGGAGCCGAAGGACGUCCACCAGCUGAACGGGACUGGCCCUACUGCCUCACCCUGCCCUUCAGAUGGCCCCGGGCGAGAGCCCUUGGCCGGGACCUCAGAGUUCCUGGGGCCUGAUGGGACUGGGGUAGAGGUGGUGGUGAUUGAGUCUCGGGCCAACGCCAAGGGGGUUCGGGAGGAGGAUGCCCUGCUGGAGAACGGGAGCCAGAGCAAUGAAAGUGAUGACGUCAGCACAGACCGUGGCCCCGCACCACCCUCCCCACUCAAGGAGACCUCCUUUUCCAUCGGGCUGCAAGUGCUGUUUCCCUUCCUCCUGGCAGGCUUUGGGACUGUGGCUGCCGGCAUGGUGCUGGACAUCGUACAGCACUGGGAAGUCUUCCAGAAAGUGACAGAGGUCUUCAUCCUGGUGCCUGCACUGCUGGGGCUUAAGGGGAACCUGGAAAUGACCCUGGCAUCAAGGCUUUCCACCGCAGCCAACAUCGGGCACAUGGACACACCCAAGGAGCUCUGGCGGAUGAUCACUGGGAAUAUGGCCCUCAUCCAGGUGCAGGCCACGGUGGUGGGCUUCCUGGCGUCCAUCGCAGCCGUCGUCUUUGGCUGGAUCCCUGACGGCCACUUCAGUAUCCCACAUGCCUUCCUGCUCUGUGCCAGCAGCGUGGCCACGGCCUUCAUUGCCUCCCUGGUACUGGGCAUGAUCAUGAUUGGAGUCAUCAUUGGCUCUCGCAAGAUUGGAAUCAACCCAGACAAUGUGGCCACGCCCAUUGCUGCCAGCCUGGGAGACCUCAUCACCUUGGCACUGCUCUCAGGCAUCAGCUGGGGACUCUACCUGGAGCAGGAUGUCUGGCAAUAUAUCUACCCCCUGGUGUGUGCCUUCUUCAUGGCCCUGCUGCCUGUCUGGGUGGUGCUGGCUCGACGGAGCCCAGCCACAAGGGAGGUGUUGUACUCAGGCUGGGAGCCUGUCAUCAUUGCCAUGGCCAUCAGCAGUGUGGGAGGCCUCAUCUUGGACAAGACUGUCUCAGACCCCAACUUUGCAGGGAUGGCUGUCUUCACACCUGUGAUUAAUGGUGUUGGGGGCAAUCUGGUGGCUGUGCAGGCCAGCCGCAUCUCCACCUUCCUCCACAUGAACGGGAUGCCAGGCGAGAACUCUGGGCAAGCCCCUCGCCGCUGCCCCAGCCCUUGUACCACCUUCUUCAGUCCCGAUGUGAAUUCUCGCUCGGCCCGGGUCCUCUUUCUCCUCGUGGUCCCAGGACACCUGGUGUUCCUCUACACCAUCAGCUGUAUGCAGGGUGGGCACACCACUCUCACACUCAUCUUCAUCAUCUUCUACAUGACAGCUGCACUGCUCCAGGUGCUGAUUCUCCUGUACAUCGCAGACUGGAUGGUGCACUGGAUGUGGGGCCGGGGCCUGGACCCGGACAACUUCUCCAUCCCGUACUUGACAGCCCUGGGGGACCUGCUCGGCACUGGGCUCCUAGCACUCAGCUUCCAUGUCCUCUGGCUCAUUGGGGACCGAGACACGGAUGUCGGGGACUAAGCCUGGUCACUCAGCCUUCUCUCCACCUCUCUGCACUUUCUGUGUGAAAUUUUUUUUGGUUUCUCUUCCCCCACCCCACCCCACUCGACACUCCCACCUCUUUCUAGGACUUCACUUUGAUACCGAAUUCUCAUUAUUUUCAAUGGGAAUUUUUAUACAUUGAGCCAAGUUUGUAGAGCAAGAAUUCAGGCAGGACAGAUGGACUGAGAUGAAUAGUACAAGUAGAUUUUUGAGACAAUCACCAAGUGCAAUUUCAUGGUGGGUGCCUCCAGGUGAAGUGGAUUGGGGCAGGGGUUUCCAUCUGGGAUCUGGGGACGUUUGGUUUAGCUUUAGCAAACUCAGCCUCUGUGAGUGGGCUCUGGUUUUGGGGGUUUGUCUUUGUUUUCUUUUUUUCCUUUCGGUUGAACAGAGGGAUAAAUGUCACUCUCCCUUCCCCUCCCACACACACAUACUUUUUCUAGAAAUGGACCAACUUCAAAGCACUAAGCAGGAGACAGCUGCUCUGGCCCCAAAUAAUCCUAGCCCUAUUCUCUACCCUGCUCUCAAAAAGAAUGAGGUGAACUCCUUAAAUUGUGUACGUGCUCCUUACCCGAUUGCCUGAUAAAUACCACCAACCCCUCCCUUUGAUCUUUUUUCCAAUUGAUUGUCUCAUCCAGGAUGAAAUGAGCAGUGGCCUGGUCUCCCUGUUGACCCAUGUCCACCCAUAGUUUGCCAAGAUCUACAUCCUCCCUGGGCCCAGAGAACUGAUUAUCUCUGUUCAACCUUUAUCUCUAAUUGUUUCCAAGCACGACCUUUCCCAGAGCUUGCCGGGUUGGGUUCCAAGAUUAGGGACGGAGAAUGGGUAUGUGGAAAAUGGUUGGGAGGUUGAGGGCAACCAGGGGUGUUUCACUGCUGCUGUCUCUCCUGAAGACAUAAUCACGUGGUCACCUUAGACCCUGUCGCUUCCUGAAAUCACUCAUUCUUUCAUGCCAUGGAGGUCAGUUUUCCUCUCUCUUGGCUUCUGCCCACAUUCAUCUUUCAUUCACUCAUUCAUUCAUUCAUUCAUUUAUUCAGCAAAUACACAGCCUCCCCAAGAGGAGCUCAUCUGCAGGCAUGGUCUGAAACAUUUGUUGAGCGCUAUUUAUUGAGUGCCUACUAUGUGUUAGGUCCUGUUUGCACAGGCACUGACUAGCCAGCGGUAAGGGAAACACAGUUCUAACCUCGCCUUGUUCCUAGAUAUAAAGGCCAUGUGCCCUUUUCAAUCUGGCAGAGAAAGUUUCCUCGCUGUAUUUCCAUCUUUGUCACCGAGCCAGGUUCCGCCUCUAGAUUCCACUCCUAGAUCCCACUUCUGCACAACACUGACCACGGCUAGAGCCCCUAGCCCCAUUGCUCAGCCACUGUUGAUUUCCCUAAACUCCCCUUACUCACCCUCCCUUCCCUCCAUCUCCUCACCAGCCACCCAAAAGAGGAUUCAGAACUAGAAGGCUGGAUAUCAACCGACUGCUUCCACUUUUCUCUGCCCAGCACAAGACUGGGAGAACACUGGAGUCUCUGCAUCUUCCCCACACAUUACCGUGAACAGAUCAGGAUUCUGUUGUCCACACUCACAUGUGUACAAAUCUGGGCAUUUGGAUGCAGGUUUUUUCUAGCCUGUCUAUCCACAGCUUCCCCUUAAGCCCUCCCCUCUGUAGCCUAAAGGGCCCAUCUCCAGGGGAAGACUAGGCAGUGACCCUGACUCUUGCCACUACGAUGCCUCAUCCCAGGAACUUGCCCUUUACCACCAGAGACUUUUCUCUCCCUCCAUUUCCACCCAGGCCACCUUCCAGAGCCUAGAACCUUAGAAUUGGAAUCGUAGAGGUUAUCUAGCUGGGGUUGUGUCCAGCAGAGUUUAUUAACACCAGCCUGGCCUUGUUUCUGCUCUUCCUCAGGCCUUCUUUCGUCUUGUCCUCCACCUCCAAACCCAUUUGCACACAGACUCUUGUACAGGCUCCAAAACCAACUCCUCCGCCCCUGAGACUGUGCCCCUGUGGUCUGCGGUCACCCCUGCCCCAGUCACCCCCCACCCCUUCCUCAUCUCUGGAGUUCAGCCAGGCUGCCCUGGGGGAUUCCGGAGUGUCCUUUGCCACAAAAGCAAGAAGGUAGGCGUGCCCCAAGCCCUGCGUGUGUGAGCAGAGGGAGGACUGUGGGGUGAGAGGGAAAGAAAAUGAACUUCAUGACUUUAGUGGAAGAUCCAUUUCUUUUCCCCCGAUUGCACAAACUGCAUGGACUUUUGGCCCGGCUGUGAGGAGCAACAUUGGUUUACUCUUAUAUCCUUAAAAAGUUACAGAACUGUGUCCUAUGACAAUUAUUUAUAGUGACUAUAACUGAAUUGACAAAUGUCAACGUAACUGAUAAAUUAUAUUUGGUAAAAUAAAGAGGACGUUUAUUUA